AUGGAAAUUUUAGAUGAUGAAUCCAAGUUUAUGGAACAAUUAGCUCAACGAGAGCAGUUCUUACAAAAUUUUUAUGAUUCAUUUGCGUCAGCAAAACAUUUAUUGAAUCAAUUAAAACCAGCUAAUAAUAGUAACAGUGAUCAUAAUUCCGAUAAGAAUUCUCCUGCAGUAAAAUUGCCAGACAUAAAAUUACCUACAUUUAGUGGGUCUUCAAAUACCUGGCUUGAGUUUCGAGACACGUUUACCGCAUUAAUAAACGACAACCCUGAUAUUGAUGAUAUAAAUAAAUUUCACUAUUUAAGGGAUAGUCUAGAGGGUAGCGCUAGUCAGAUUAUUCAAUCUCUUGAAAUUUCUGCAGGAACGUAUAAGGUUGCAUGGGAUUUGUUAUGCAAACGAUAUGAUAAUAAAAAAGCAUUGAUAUACAAUCAUUUAGAUGCAUUGUUUGGUUUAGAAAAAACAGAAAACAGAAAAGUCUCAUCUUUUAAAUUAAGAAAUCUCUCAGAUACAGUCUCCAAACACUUGAGGGCUCUUAACAGUCUUAAACUUCCCACGGAUCAGUGGGAUAUUCUAAUUUUACAUUUAAUGGCCAAAAGUUUGGACGAUGGAUCUGUUAGUAAAUGGGAGGAAUACAAGUCUAAAAAAGAUUUGCCUUCUUUUGAGGAUAUGUAUGAAUUUUUAAGAAGUAGAUCAGACUUGCUAGAGCGAUUAGAGUUGAACAAACUUUAA